UAGAAAAUGGUGUUUGGUAUCCAGAAGCUCAUCCAGGACCACCUGGUGGAGCGAAGAAUCCGCAGAACUCGGCUGGUGACCAAAGAUGGCCGCUGCAACAUUGAAUUUGGCAACGUCAAAUACGGCAACCACUUUGCUUUCCUCGUGGACUUCUGGACGACCUUUGUGGAAUUCCGCUGGCGCUUUGUCCUCUUCUUCUUCAUCACCUCCUUCACCCUGAGCUGGUUCAUCUUCAGCCUGCUGUGGUUCUGGAUUGCCCGGAACAACGGGGAUCUGAAGUGGCAGAACCCCUCAAACGAUCACACCCCCUGUGUGUGGAACGUCGUCGGUCUCACUACAGCCUUCCUCUUCUCCCUGGAGACCCAGACCACCAUCGGGUAUGGUGUACGCGCCAUUACCCCUCACUGUCCUGUUGCUGUAGCCCUCAUCAUUAUCCAGACUCUCAUAGGGGCCCUCAUACACUGCUUCAUAUGUGGAGUCAUCGUGUCCAAGAUAUCCCUCCCUAAGAAAAGGGCCAAGACCAUCACAUUCAGUGAGAUGGCUGUCAUCUGUCCUAAGAAGGACUUCCUUUGCCUUAUGAUAAGAGUGGCCAACUUACGCAAGACCCUGAUGAUCGGGAGCCAAAUCUACGGCAAGCUGUUGAGGACAACCGUCAAACCCGAUGGGGAGACAAUCAUUAUGGACCAGGUGAACAUUGAGUUCCUGAUGGACGCUGGGAAGGACAACCUCUUCUUUGUGUGCCCUCUCACACUCUACCAUGUGAUUGACAAGGCUAGCCCUUUCUUUGACAUGGCAGAGGACACCUUCCAUAAACAGGAGUUUGAGCUGGUGGUCUUUCUGGACGGCACAGCCGAGACCACCAGCUCAGCCUGCCAGGUCAGGACUUCCUUCAUCCCUCAGGAGAUCAUGUGGGGUUACAACUUCCUGCCCAUCAUCUCCCGCAGUAAAGAAGGCAAGUACAGAGUGGACUUCUCCAACUUCUCCAAGGUGGUGGCGGUGACCACUGCACACUGUGCCUACUGCUUCCACAACAUAGUAGGACAACACAUCCCCUCCAUUAAUGGAAUCGACAACGGUGGAUUUGGAGUGAUUGGUAUCCUAGAAUAACUUAAUAUGACCAAGUUGUGAACUUUUGGAGGAAAAAUGUAUAAUAUGUACAGUUGAUGUGGGAGGUUUACAUACACUUAGGUUGGAGUCAUUUAAAAUAGUUUUUGAACCACUCCACAAAUUUCUUGUUAAUUAACAAACAAUAGUUUUGGCAAGUCGGUUAGGACAUCUACUUUGUGCAUGACACAAGUAAUUUUUCCAAAAAUUAAUUACAGACAGAUUAUUUCAAUUAUUUCAUAAUUCCAGUGGGUCAGAAGUACA